AACGGUCGGGCGCGCGGACAGGUUUUCAGUAGCGCCACGGCCAAAGCUCGAGCUGUAGAGGAGCGGACUCGUCAUAUACCGGUAGACAGAGAGACAUACAUAUAUAGAUAUAUAUAUAUACAUACACACACGGACAGAGACCUGUAACACCGGGAGCGAGAGAGAUACCUAGACACGGUACCCUCACACCAGGAGAGAGAGAGUGACCCAGACCUGGCUUGUUCACACCUUGACACUCAGACUCAGCAGUUGAUCCAGCAAUUCUCGGUUUGAAGAAGUGGGGGGGGGGGGAGCGCGGAUUAUUUGAAGAUGAAACCAGGUGUGUUUCAUUGUAAAUGCGCAAAAUGUUUCUCUCAACUCACGAAAAAGAAAAUUAAGAAACGUUCACCUGUCUUGACGCUGCUCAGUCUUCCUGAUGAUGUUCUGCUUUAUGUAUUGGGAUGCCUUCCUGCUCAGGAUAUCCUGCACUUCAGAGCGGUGCACUCCCACUUCCGAUCCCUUGUAGAUAAUCACUCUAGUGUUUGGGCCCAUGCAAACUUUCAGGAGAUCUGGCCAUCGCCAUUAAAUCGGUGGCUGUUUGAAAGGGCUGCAGAAAGUGGAAAUUUUGAGGCUGCAGUAAAGCUGGGAAUAGCCUACCUCUAUAAUGAAGGACUUUCUGUUUCUGAUGAAGGCCGUGCUGAAGUGAAUGGACUGAAGGCCUCCCACUUCUUCAAUCUGGCUGAAAGUCUGAAUGUUGAUGCUAACCCCUUUAUUUGGCUGUUCAUUAGACCACCCUGGUCUCUGACUGGGAGUUGCUGUAAGGCAGUUGUCUAUAAUAGUUUAAAAAGUGAAUGCCAGUUACAGUCUGCUAAGAAGUCUUCAUUAACCUACUGUUUGGCCAAAGUUCUCAGCCUCUUUGAGGAUGAAGAGAAACAGAAACAGGCUGUAGCAAUGUUUGAAGAAUCUUCCCGUCAUGGAUGCUUAUCAAGCUCUUACCACUUGUGGGAGGCAAACCACAAAGAAGCAGCGGCUGAUCCUGGCAGGUAUCUUCAGAGCCUUCGGAAACUCAGGGAUUGUGCAACUAAAGGAUGCUGGGAAGCACAGGUAACAUUAGCGAAAGCCUGCGGAAAUGCCAAUCUGUUGGGCAUGAAGUCUAUAGCUUCGAAAGAGUUUGUGGCCCAAAUUUUUCAGUCUUCCCAUCCUUCUUACAAACAGAAAAUGUUCCAAGUGCAAAAGGGCAUGAAUGACACAAUGAGAUACAUUCUAAUUGAUUGGUUAGUGGAGGUGACCAGCAUGAAGGAUUUUUCCAGCUUGUGCUUACAUGUCACAGUGGCAAAUGUGGAUCGGUACCUGAUGCUGCGCUCUGUACCCAGAGGCCGACUCCAGCUAUUAGGGAUAGCUUGUAUGGUUAUUUGUACACGGUUUAUUAGUAAAGAAAUCCUGACAAUUCGUGAAGCUGUCUGGCUUACAGACAAUACGUACAAAUAUGAGGAUCUAGUGCGAAUGAUGGGAGAGAUCAUUUCUGCACUUCGAGGAAAAAUUAAAAUAUCUACCAUUCUGGAUUAUGCAGAAGUACUAUUAGCAAUUUCUCCACUGGAAAGAUGCACCAUGCAUCUCUUUAACUAUAUCUGUGAACUUUCACUACUGUAUACAGACAUCUCUGUUUAUUCGCCUGCUAUGACAGCUGCAGCUGCCUUACUAUUAGCACGAGUACUUCACAAACAAGUCCUCCCAUGGUCAAGUCAGCUAACAGAGUCUACUGGUUUUACAUUAGAAAAUCUAAUUCCAUGUGUAGUAGAUCUACAUAAAAAAUGCUUUCAUAAUGAAGCACCCAGGGAUUACAGGCACGUGUCUCUUACUGCUGUAAAGCAACGAUUUGAGGAUGAACGUUAUCAGCAAAUUAGCAAGGAAAAGGUGAUGGAUUACAGUGAGCUCUGUAGUCUGCUUGGAAUAAAAGAGGAAAAGGAAUCUUCACUAAUUUCUGCUCACACUCAUCCUGAGAUUCAAACUUUUUUGACGUCUCCUUCAGGCAACAAAACAAAACGACGAAGAGAGGAUAGUUUUCGAGAAGAUAGAGGCAACUUUGUGGCGACUCCAAUUGUUGAAUUAUCUAACCAUGAGGAUACACUUCUGGGGGAUUUCCUAGAUUGGAGUUUAGACUUAUCCUGCACCGGGUAUGAAGGAGACCAGGAAAGUGAAGGGGAGAAAAAUGCUGAUGUUAGUGGGAUCAGUGAAGUUGAGAAUAUGGCUACUGUCAAUGGGAGUUACGAACACUGUUGUGAAGCUACAAGUGAAGAGAGUGAAGAUGACAGAUUGAUGGAUGAUCAGUUCCUGCCAGGAUCAUGGAGACCUUCUAAAGCAAAAAAUGAGGCUUAUUUUGACACAAGUGAAUCUGCAGCAUUGUGUGUUCUAAAAGCUCGAGGGGAGCUUAGCUCAGGAUAUUCGUCUGUGACCAGUGAUAGCUCCCCAUUAACAAACACUAGACAAUCAUUACCUUCUACCUCAAGGCUGUCUCCUACAAUAGAAUUCAUAAAGCCAAUGCCUUCAGCUCAUAGCACAGAAAGCUUGCUUUUGGCUCAUGAACUAGAGCCUUUUGGGAAGGAGCACAGGUUGUCGCCUUCUCGUAAGAAGCCUAUCAAACGCAAGAAUGGAGCAGAGCAUGACAAAGAUGAUUGGAAUUUGGGCUUUGUGAGUGUUUGAAAGAAAAAUGCCUUAAAGUUUGUGAAAAACUGCUGUUUAUUUGGAAUGCAUUUAAUGAGAGUAAUAAAGCAAUAUUAGAUCUGUACAACAUUGUAAGACAGCAUGGUUUGGACAUUGAUCUGAUUUCCAAAUUGUGUGCUUUAAUUUUCAGUGGGAGAUAUAAAUUGGCUGCUUUCUUAACUCCUUGCAUGCAGCUAAAGUCUGCACUGACCAAAGCCUGGUGUUGAUGUCUGCCUGUUAAUACUGCCAUUUCACUAUUCAAGAGUGAAAUCUAUAUCAUUGCACUUUUGUUGAAAGCCACUGCCUUUAAUAGCAAUAGACAAUGUUAAGGAGGCUUUUUGUCACCAUUUAGCUUUUCAAUACUAAAAUACUAAGGUAAAAAUCUAUUGUCUUGGAUGUCUAGACCAUGUUUACAGUUGUUUGACAAAACCACUUAAACCUUUUUUAAUGGUAAUUACACUGCUAACUGGAUUAAAUUAAAUACUCAACAGUAAUGCAUCUAGUAAUAGAUGCAGAGAAGGUCUGUUCAUAGUGCCUAAUUUUGUUUUGUAAUGGUCAGUUUAGUAUUUUGCCUUGGCUACAAUUUUGUUCAGUGUGGAUGAUUUCCAUUUGGAUUGGGAGAAUCUGUGCAUCUGGUUAACACAAACUGUACAGUUACAUACUGGAAAUUUGACUUUAAAUGUGUGCAGCUUGAUUAAAUGGGAGUCAACUGUGCAUUUUUAUAUGCUGAAGCUAUUGAUAGAUUUGGCAGUUAAGCAAUAAAAAUGAAUCACUGCUAAAAUUAAAAUAUAGGCAAGCUGUGAAAAUAAACUAUGGUGCAACAAAAUAUUUUGCAGUGAAGUUAUUCAGGGAAUAUUUUGCAAAAUGGAGAAUUUAUAAUUUACAACUUCAAAUUAAGAUUUGAUGGGCAUUGGGCCCUGGAAAAAAAAACAGGUGCAUUAAAUUAAACAGUUUUUAAAACUUGAUGUGAUUAUGUUGACUUGAGUACAUUUUUAUUUGAAAUGAAUUUCAUUUCAGUUUACAUUUUCAUUGUAAAUGAAAUUCAGUUAUAUAUUUUUGUAAAAAAAAAAUGACUGUUUUGUGAUCCAAAUAUUUUAAUGAGUCUGGAUGUGAAAAAUAUUUACAGACACCUUGGAGUUUCAACUUGUUGGGAAAUCUACAAUCAUCAUGCUUGAGUUUUUGAUCAGUAAAACUGGUUACAGUAUCUUAAAUGUUGAAUGUAUACUGUUUUCUAAUGUCUAGAUAUGACUUAUCAACAGCAGUGCACCACCUCAGAUUUAAUGUUUCCUAGUUGCCUCCAAACUCUUAAAACUGUUCUUAUCAAGUAUACUGGCAUACAAUGCCAGUUGUGUAAACUUAGUUCUCCAGACCCAAAAGAUCUGAUUGAUGCAUUCUGAACUAAAAUUUGGAAGAGAAUUCUGAUGCUGGGGAAACUGAUUAAAAACCUCAAGUGUUACUUGCAUUCUAUGAAUAUCUGUAGAACCACAACUGCCUUACUCUUUCAUCAUGAGUAUCUUUAGUACUGUAUGUGAAUACUUAAAUGUUUGCAGACACUAUCCCUUUGACUAGCCUAAAUCUGUAUUUAAUAACUGUCAAUUAAAUGUACAAUUUACCUGUAUGCAGUGUCAUCUUAGUAAAGAUACAUUGGUCAAAGUG